AAAAAUUUUAAGUCAAUUUUAUAAUGAUAGAUUGAUUGUACUCGUACAACAAUGAACUAUCUAAAAAGCCCACCAAUUUCGUUCUUCAAAACAUCAAUGCACUUCAAGACUUUAUUUAUACGGCCAAAUCCACAUCCAGUCAAAAUACUCCAAAAACAACAAAAACACAUCGUUUUAACCCUCCCAUUAGGCCAUACGACACCGUUUUACCUUACACAGAAUCCAAUGCUUUUACUGUAGAAAUAUACGUUGACUCGUAUAAUUAUACAUAUUCAUACCACCCCUUACUUCAUCCUCUCUCUCUCUUCCCAUCAAAACAUCCUUUAUUUCCAGUUUCAGCUCACUUUCUCUCUCCUCUCCACUUUCUCUCUCCUCCAAAACACUAAAAAGCUCAAAUCUUUCACUUCAAUGGCGGAUUUUACAACCACCCAUUUGCUCCAACAAUGAAGAUCACCCCUAACACCGACCUCUCCGCUUUACUCUCCUCGAAAAACCCACCUCAACCGCAAAAAACCCCAGAUCUUCCCAAAAAAACCACCCGUAAAACUCCCCGGAAAACUUCCCGGAAUACCCCUCGUUUGUCCAAAAAGUCCGGCCCUCCUACCCCUCUUCUCCGGUGGAAGUUUCAUGAGGAGAGAGAAAAUGGCGGUGUGAAGGAUAAUAAUAAUAAUAACAAUAAUAAUGGUGAUGAUAAUGAUGGCGACGCCGGAAAUGUUGGCGCCGACGAGAAAUCGCCGGAAUUCCGCCGGAAAUCGAGGAGAGAGAAAGUGGGCCCCCCAGUUUCAGCAAGGAAGCUUGCUGCUACUCUUUGGAGGAUGCAGUUGGUAGUUCCUGAAAAUGGCGGCGAAGGCGGCGGAGGAGACGGCGGUGAACAGGUGAAGAAGCGGCGAGAGAAGAAAGAGAGUGAAGAUCGAUUAGGGUUUAAGGUGUGUUUUAACUCGUUGUUUGAGACUCAAGAUCUGAACUUGAAGCCUGUGAAUGGGCAUGGAGGUGAUCGGUUAUCAUAUCAUCAUGCUAGCAGAGAAUGUGGUUCUGAGGCGAAAGAACCGCUUAGGAGUCCGUGUUCUGUUAAUGGUCCAACCAACGGAUAUCAUUGUGAGCGGCAAUCUCCAUUUCGCUUUACUAAUUACGCAAUGGAGGGGGCAACAAAGUGGGACCCAGUUCACUCAAAGGAAACAGAUGAACAUCCUGAUGAUUUGAAGUCACUUGACCAAAAAGUAAAUGCUGCCUCAAUGAUCUCUACUCUAGAGAAGGAACUUGAACAGGCUAGGGGUCGCAUAGAAGAGCUGGAAGCAGAAAGACGAUCUUCGAAGAAGAAACUUGAACACUUCUUGAAGAAGCUUAGUGAGGAAAGGGCAACUUGGCGGAGCAGAGAACAUGAGAAAGUUCGUGCAAUAAUUGAUGAUGUUAAAGCUGACUUAAGCAGAGAAAGGAAGAAUCGCCAAAGACUUGAGAUUGUCAACUCUAAGCUGGUCAAUGAGAUGGCAGAGGUUAAAUUAUCAGCAAAGAGAUAUAUGCAGGACUACGAGAAAGAGAGGAAAGCUCGAGAGUUAAUCGAGGAGGUAUGUGAUGAGCUGGCAAAAGAAAUUGGGGAGGACAAGGCUGAAGUUGACUCACUCAAGAAGGAGUGCAUGAAGAUCCGGGAUGAAGUUGAAGAAGAGAGGAAAAUGCUGCAGAUGGCAGAGGUCUGGCGAGAAGAACGUGUACAGAUGAAGCUUGUUGAUGCAAAAGUAGCUCUUGAUCAGAAAUAUUCACAGAUGAACUAUCUUGUAUCAGAGCUCGAUAAGUUUCUCAGGUCUAAGGGUGUGAACCUUGAUAUGAACGAGAUGAGGGAAGCUGAGCUGUUUACACGAGCUGCUGCAUCUAUAGACAUUCAAGACCUUAAAGAGUUUACAUAUGAGCCAUCAAACCCAGAUGAUAUAUUCGCUGUUGUUGAAGAAAUGGUGAUGGCGGAAAGCAAUGUGAGAGAGAUUGAACCAUGUGCUGAAUACAGCCCAGCAAGCCAUUCUUCCAAAGUACAUGCUGUGAGCCCUGAAACCAACAACCAUAGCAAAGAGAGUUUUCAGAGACUUUCGAAUGGAUAUGGCAAUCAGAGUGCUGACAUGGAUGAUGAUGGGAGUGGAUGGGAAACAGUCAGCCAUGCGGAAGAUCAAGGCUCUAGUUAUUCACCUGAUGGAAGUAUGAUGUCGAUUAAUAGAAUGUACCGGGAUAGUAAUGCCUCAGGUAGCUGCACUGAAUGGGAAGAACAGGGCGGUGAUGAGACACCCAUUACUGAGAUCAGCGAAGUAUGCUCAGUUCCUUCAAAGCAGCUUAAAAAGGUGAAAUCAAUCACAAGGCUUUGGCGAUCAGGACCCAAUAGUGGUGAUAAUUACAAAAUAAUUUCUGUGGAUGGUGUGAAUGGAAGGCUUUCAAAUGGACGGGUUUCAAACGGAGCUACCAUGUCGCCUGAUCAUGGAUCCAAUAAGAGUGGGAUUAGCCCAUCAGCUAUGGUUGAUUGGAACUCACCUGAUAUUAAUCGGGGGAUGAAAGGUUGCAUUGAAUGGCCUCGUGGAGCGCAUAAAAGCAGUUUGAAGCACAAGCUCCUCGAGGCAAGGAUGGAGUCUCAGAAGGUCCAAUUACGCCAUGUUUUAAAGCAGAAAAUCUGAUCUCAUUGGAAGCAAAAAGGACUACCUUUACCGUUCUUCUCCCCCCAGCCCGUGUAAACUACCAAAGUACCAAUCUCUAGAGGUGCCAUUAGACGAGGUUGACUUCAGAAAAACCAUAGGUAAUAAUACUUGAUGAGCAGUCUCAUGGAUUUGGGGAGGUGUUUCUCCGCCAAGCUCUGGAGUGUAAAUGCUCCAGCUAGGAAUUUUGUUUACUCGCUCUUGCGACACACACUUAAAGAUGGGAAGAUGGGAAUAAUGACGACUUUUGUUCGGGUAAGACCUACUGUGUUACUAAAUAUUCUUUGUGAUUAGUGACACUGAUGUCCCUUAAUUUAAGGAGCAACAUUGUCAUCAUCAGAGUGUGCUAGCAGAGCAGAUUUCUCUUUGUAUUUGUACCAGUAGGAUAUCUAUAUUUGUAAUUCUUGAAAAAACAAUUUGAGGAAAGUAUAUUCUCAGUAAAAAAAAUCGCCUUUUUCCUCAA